CUUGACGGGACACGGGAAAUCAAGAGAAAAAGCAAACACAGAACUACAGCACAAGACCCUGAUACGCGCAACACCACCAACAGAGAAAGAUUAAGAAGAGGAUUAGGAUCGAUGGCACCACGAAAGAAGUCCCUUCUCAUUGGAAUCAACUACACUGGCAGCAGACAUGCGCUCAAAGGUUGUCAAGCCGAUAUCGACAACGUAGCCGAAUUUUUAAAAUACAGAGGCUACAACAACACUCAUCACGACCGCGUCAUGCUCUCCGAUAAUGCGGCGCUGUCACCUUUGAGUCCGUACUGGCCAACCGGGCACAAUAUCCUCGCGGCUAUGGAUUGGCUGGUCUCGGAGCCAGGCUGUACACUGUUCCUGCAAUACUCGGGACAUGGAGCCCAGAUCCCCGACAGGGACCAUACUCGCGGGGGAACAGGUAUUCUCGAUACAAUUGUGCCUAUAGACUAUGAAGUCAAUGGGCAGAUCAGCAGCACGCUUCUCCACGAGCAUCUCGUUACGAAUAUGGCGCCCGGUUGCACGUUGUUCAUCCUCAUGGAUUGUUGUCACUCGGGUUCCGCAGUCGAAUUACCCUACGUGUAUCGCUCCGAUGCAGAUGGUCGCAUUUCCUUGCUCGACAAUGUGCGCAAGGGGGCGCAGCUGGUUGCCGAGGCUCAGGAGUUAUUUUCGGGAGGGUUCAAGUUCGAGAAGGCAGGUGAGGCGAGGCAGUUGUUGGCUGGUGCGACAGAUUUCUUCAGGGGGUUGAAGCAUGCGGACGAGCAGCAAGAGGAGGGUCUGCAGGGAAAUGAUUUUGAGGGGCAGUAUGGCAGUGAGAGGAAGAUGGUUACUAUGUUCUCAGGAUGUAGGGAUGAUCAAACAAGUGCAGAUGCGAAUAUCGCUGGCCAAUCUACAGGAGCUAUGACUUGGGCUUUCCUUCAGAUCAUGAGACAGGAUCCUAAUCCUACAUAUGCAAGGACACUACAAUUAACUCGACAAAUGCUCGAUGAGCACAACUACAAACAGAUCCCUCAGCUGAGUUGUGGCGUCGAUAUAGAGUUAGAUAACAUGAGACUUCUGGUCUAA